CUUGUACGUAAAUGCUGUAUCCAGUAUCCAAGUCGCCUGAGUUGGAAAAUUGCAUGCUUUUACGUGCGAUUCUUAAAGAAGAAUAAAUACAUAUAUGCUAGAUUAUAUAUUGGAAAGAAGGAGACGCCAUCUCAUAAGAACUCAAAUCUUCUUGGUGAUGGUGAUGCAGAUAUUUUGAUCAUCAACGACGUUGUUUUCUCUGAAGAUAAAGUGCAUUCCUCUGAAUAUUCUGCCAAUUAGUUUUUGGUUUUGUGAAACAUGAGUCAAUCAAGAGGCUCGCCGUAUAGACGACGUACAGAUUUGGAGGGCGGACUCCGUCAGGCCGGUGACUCGGACGAUGAAGAGUCUUCAUCAAGUACUUUUUUCAUUGCCAGAACUAAGGAUGCUUCUAUUGACCGCCUCAAGCGUUGGAGGCAAGCGGCACUUGUGCUGAAUGCUUCUCGUCGAUUUCGAUACACCUUAGACUUGAAGAAGGAAGAAGAAAAGCAGCAGACACUGAGGAAGAUUAGAGCACAUGCACAAGCCAUACGAGCUGCAUAUCUUUUCAAAGAGGCUGGAAACCAACAAGUGAAUGGAAUUGUACCACCGAAACCAAGUUCUGCUGGCGAUUUUCCAAUUGGACAGGAGCAACUAGUUUCGGUGACGAGGGAUCAUAAUUUUCCUGCUCUGCAACAAUAUGGGGGGGUCAAAGGGCUGGGAGAUUUAUUAAAAACAAAUCUAGACAAGGGAAUUCAUGGAGAUGAUGCUGAUUUACUGAAACGUAAAAAUGCAUUUGGAACAAACACGUAUCCUAAAAAAAAAGCAAGGAGUUUCUGGACAUUUCUCUGGGAAGCUUGGCAAGAUCUUACUCUGAUAAUUUUGAUGGUAGCUGCAGUGGCUUCCUUAGUGCUGGGUAUAAAGACAGAGGGUAUAGAUGAUGGUUGGUAUGAUGGGGGCAGCAUUGCUUUUGCAGUUAUCCUUGUUAUUGUUGUCACAGCCAUAAGUGAUUACAGACAAUCUCUCCAGUUCCAGAAUUUAAAUGAGGAAAAGAGAAAUAUACAGUUGGAGGUCAUUAGAGGUGGCAGACGAGUUGAGGUCUCAAUUUAUGAUCUUGUUGUUGGUGAUGUUGUUCCCCUUAACAUCGGUGAUCAGGUCCCUGCUGAUGGCAUUUUAAUAAGCGGUCACUCACUUGCGAUAGAUGAGUCAAGCAUGACAGGAGAGAGCAAGAUUGUUCGUAAGGACUCCAAGGAACCAUUUCUAAUGUCUGGCUGCAAAGUAGCAGAUGGCAAUGGUACUAUGCUGGUAACCAGUGUUGGGGUUAAUACUGAAUGGGGAUUGCUCAUGGCUAGUAUUUCAGAAGAUACUGGUGAAGAAACCCCUUUGCAGGUGCGCUUAAACGGGGUGGCUACUUUUAUUGGAAUUGUCGGACUCACAGUAGCUUUUGCUGUCUUGGUUGUCCUAUUGGUCAGAUACUUUACUGGCCAUACAAAAAAUGCAAAUGGAACUCCUCAGUUUGAGGCCGGAAAGACUAAAUUUGGAGAUGCCAUAGAUGGAGCCAUUAAGAUUGUUACUAUAGCAGUCACCAUUGUAGUGGUUGCCGUUCCCGAAGGGCUUCCCUUAGCUGUUACCUUGACGCUUGCCUACUCGAUGAGAAAAAUGAUGGCAGAUAAGGCCUUGGUACGAAGGCUUUCUGCAUGUGAAACAAUGGGUUCUGCCACAACUAUAUGCAGUGACAAGACUGGAACCUUAACUUUGAACCAGAUGACUGUGGUUGAGGCUUUUACUGGUGGGAAGAAAAUUGAUAUCUCUGACAAUAAGUCAGACUUGUCUCCAAUGCUAUCAGCUUUGCUUAUUGAAGGCAUUGCACUGAAUACAACUGGCAGUGUUUAUGUGCCUGAGACUGGUGGUGAUAUAGAAGUUUCUGGUUCACCAACUGAAAAGGCAAUUCUGCAAUGGGGAAUCAAGCUUGGAAUGAAUUUUGAAGCCAUCAAGUCUGAAUCUUUGGUUCUUCAUGUGUUCCCAUUCAACUCUGAGAAAAAGCGAGGUGGCGCUGCUGUUAAAUUGCCCAAUUCUGAAGUUCAUAUACACUGGAAGGGGGCUGCUGAAAUAGUAUUGGCCUCAUGUACAAAGUACCUUGAUGCAAAUGAUCAGUUGGCAGCAAUGGAUGAUGACAAGUCAAUGAUGUUCAGGGAGUCCAUUGAGGAUAUGGCUGCUCGCAGUUUGCGUUGUGUCGCUAUUGCAUAUAGAUCAUAUGAAUUAGAAAGCGUUCCGACUGAUGAACAGCAACUAGCUCUGUGGGCAUUGCCUGAUGACGACCUUGUUCUGCUUGCUAUUGUUGGUAUUAAGGAUCCUUGUCGGCCAGGGGUUAGAGAUGCAGUGCAACUAUGCCAAAAAGCUGGUGUUAAGGUGCGCAUGGUUACGGGCGACAAUGUUCAAACUGCAAAAGCAAUUGCUUUGGAAUGUGGCAUACUUACUUCUGAUUCAGAUGCUACUGUGCCAAAUCUCAUCGAGGGAAAAGUUUUUCGUGACCUUUCUGAUGGGCAGAGAGAAGAGUAUGCUGAGAAGAUUUCGGUGAUGGGGCGGUCUUCCCCCAAUGACAAGCUUCUGCUUGUGCAAGCAUUGAGGAGAAGGGGACAUGUUGUUGCUGUUACAGGAGAUGGCACUAAUGAUGCUCCUGCACUGCAUGAGGCCGACAUUGGUCUUGCUAUGGGUAUUCAAGGGACUGAAGUUGCCAAAGAGAGUUCAGAUAUCAUCAUAUUGGAUGAUAAUUUUGCUUCAGUUGUGAAGGUUGUUAGAUGGGGUCGAUCUGUAUAUGCAAAUAUUCAGAAAUUCAUCCAAUUCCAGCUUACAGUCAAUGUUGCAGCACUAAUUAUAAAUGUCGUGGCAGCGAUUUCCUCUGGUGAUGUUCCACUAAAUGCUGUUCAGCUUCUGUGGGUGAAUCUUAUCAUGGAUACUCUUGGAGCACUAGCGUUGGCUACUGAGCCUCCUACAGAUCACUUGAUGGACAGAACCCCUGUUGGUCGAAAAGAGCCUCUUAUAACAAAUAUAAUGUGGAGGAACUUGUUGGUUCAGGCUUUCUACCAAGUCAUCGUCCUGCUUAUCCUCAACUUUCGUGGGAUAAGUAUACUGCGUUUGACACAUGAUCCCAACAGAGACCAUGCUAACAAGCUGAAGAAUACACUGAUAUUCAAUGCCUUCGUCCUUUGUCAAAUUUUCAAUGAAUUCAAUGCUCGAAAGCCUGAUGAGUUUAAUAUAUUCAAAGGAAUUACUAAGAACCGUCUCUUUAUGGGAAUAGUGGCAAUAACACUUGUACUUCAGGUUAUCAUCGUCGAGUUUCUGGGGAAGUUUACUAAAACAGUCAAACUUGAAUGGAAUCAUUGGCUCAUUUCUAUUGUUAUUGCCUUUAUCAGUUGGCCACUUGCUGUUGUUGGGAAAUUGAUACCUGUUCCCGAAACUCCAUUCUUCAAGUAUUUCACAAGAAGAUUUCAUCGGCGAAAAAAGAGUCCAGAGGUUAGUCAGUAGGAAGUGUGGAGGUGUACAGCAGUUACAUCAACAGCUUUCGUAGUUUUCUGUAUCUGCAUUUUCCCUUUUUUUGGCUAACACGACGAAUCAUAUUUCACAGAAAUCACAAACUAAUCUUUUGUUACGUAGGACAUAUAUUUGCAGUAAUUCAGCUUUUCAAAGAAGACAUAGUUGGUUUGGUCUCUGAUGACCGGAUUUCACUUGUGCAGUUUUUAUCUACUUAGUGAUUUGUGUUUUUAUAGUUUGACAUGUUUUGGGAUGAUGGAUUUGUUUAUAUGCAAAGAAAUAUCGCAACCUUGCUUUUUUACAUUUUGGGAAAGUGUAAUGGUUCAAA